AUGAAACAAAAUGUAUCCACAAGAAACGACAACAAAAUUGUGUUUAGACAAUAUGAUUCGCGUAAAAUUAAAGAGGCAUCAUCUCUUAAUCUUCAAAAAUUAUGUAAAUCAAAGACCAAGAAUUAUCAAGAAAUUCUAAAUGAUUUAAACGAUUUACUUAAAUCCUCGCCUGCGAAUAUUAAAAUUAUACUCCCUUCAUAUGAGUCAUCAUCUAAGCUCCAAAAUAAAAUAAUCACUUUGUGGAGAUGUUUAGCACGUGCUAGGAGGUUAAAUAAUCGAAUUGAUACUCUUGUCUAUGCCUUUUAUUUGGGUCAACUACUGGAAACAGUGACUAAACCAGAAAAGACCAUGUGUACUAAACUAUUAACUAGAUAUUUUAUUAUGGUGUCUAUGAGGACAUAUUAUAUUUUUGAAAGACUUGGUGUUGAGCAAAUUUAUAGGACUUCUACCAUGAAUUUAAGAAUGAUCUCCAGGUUGGGAUCCAGAACAAUUUUGGAAAAAUACGGUCACCGUUCGGUUCGACCCAAUUCAGCACAGUUUGAAGAUAUAAGUCAGUAUAAAUUCUUAAUUAACCAAGAAGAUUUAAAGAAACUUAUAUCGAUUAUACAUUCACCAAAAAUUGAGUGUCCCCUCUCCUAUAAAACAUGUGACCAGUAA